GUACAGUUUCUUGCCUGCGACUUGUAAACAGCAUACCAUGCAGUAGGAGAGCAGCCGGUGAACAUCUAACCCAAGAAACGGAUACUCCAUGAGCAACUGUAAGAACUGGAUGGAUAUAUUUUGGAAAGCAUGGACCCUUUAGCACAUCUAGUUCUCUAUGGAUUCAGCUUGAUCAUUUUGGGUAAAGUGGAAGCAGGCCUGGACCUCAUACUGAUCAACUCAUUCCCGCUGGUGGGCAACUCCGAAACAUCACUUAUCUGCAUCACUUCCAAAUGGCGUUCCCAUGAGUCUAUCACAAUAGACCGGGACCAGGAGGAUGUGACGAACCAGCACCGGGAACCACUGGAAGUUAAUGAAGAUCCAAAGAGAGCAGCAGCCAAAGUAGUAGUGUGGAAGAGGGAACAGGCCAGUGAAACUAUUGGGGCAUAUUACUGCGAAGGGAAACUCAGAGAUGAGGUGACACGGAUACAUACCAUGAAGAUGCCACUAGGAGCCUCAUUCCACCCGGUGGCAUUAACUGUUACAGCAAAUAAGGGAGAGCAUGUGAAUAUUUCCUUCAUCAGAAUGGCAGCAAAAGAGGAAGAUGCAGUGAUCUAUAAAAAUGGUUCCUUCAUCCACUCGGUGCCCAGGCAUGAAGUGCCAGGGGAGCUGGAAGUCUCCUAUCCUCAGGUCCAACCACAGGACGCAGGGGUUUACUCUGCCAGAUAUAUAGGAGGAAACCUCUUUACUUCUGCUUAUACAAGGCUUAUUGUAAGACGAUGUGAAGCUCAGAAAUGGGGCCCUUCCUGUAGCUCCCACUGCCCUUCCUGCAUGAACAAUGGCAUUUGUCAUGAAGAUACUGGGGAAUGCAUCUGUCCUCCAGGUUUUAUGGGAAAAACAUGUGAGAAAGCUUGUGGUGCCAAUACCUUUGGCAAAACAUGUGAAGAGAGCUGUAAAGAAAACUAUGGCUGCAGAAACUACAUGUUCUGCCUACCAGAUCCAUAUGGUUGUUCUUGUGCCACAGGAUGGAUGGGUCUGGAAUGCGAUAAAGAAUGCAAACCUGGUUUUUAUGGAUCGGAUUGCAAACUCAAGUGUAAUUGUCACAAUCGAGGGACAUGCGACAGAUUUAAAGGCUGCAUCUGCUCCAUAGGAUGGCAUGGUCUGCAAUGUGAAAAAGAAGGUUCAGCAGAUCUUUCACCUCAGAUAAAAAACUUACUAGAUCCUGUAGAACUGAAUUCCGGAGUCGAGUUCAAGCCUUUUUGUAUAGCAACGGGGAUGCCACUUCCUAAAUCUGAAGAAUUUAAACUUUUGAAGCAAGAUGGAACUAUCCUAAAGCCUGCCCUAAUGGUUACCAGUAAUCGCUCUGAAGCCAUGUUUACAAUAAAUCGAAUCCAGCCCCGUGACACAGGAACUUGGGUCUGCAGUGUGCAAACAGUAGCAGGAAUGGCAGAGAAACCAUUUCAGGUUACAGUCAAAGUUCCUCCUGUGCCACAGUAUGCCCCAAGGCUUACAGACAGUGGACAUAAUUUUCUCAUAAUUGACAUGAAUGCUGAGUUACAUCUUGGAGAUGGACCUGUUGUGUCAACAAAGCUCCUGUACAAACCAGCAAAACGUUAUCAGUCCUGGAUGUCUGUGGAAGUAAAAGGCACAACCAAAAGACUGGACAAUCUGGAACCAAAAACAGAGUAUCAGUUCUGUGUUCAGCUGAGUCGUCAAGGGGAAGGCGGGGAGGGUCACCCUGGACCACAGGCUAGCUUCACAACGGCUGCGCUUGGUCUUCCUCCACCAGAAGGUAUCACUCUCUUUCCAAAAAGUAUGACAUCCCUGAAUUUGUCAUGGCACCCUUUAACACUGAGGACAGAAGAUGAUGUUCGUGUUGAAGUGGAAAGGAAGAGUGUGAAUGACAACGGUGACGAGAGCAGUGUUAUUACUCAAGUGCCAGGAAAUAUGUCUACCCUGAUAAUUAAAGACCUUGAGCCUAGACAGCAAUACAUGUGCAGGGUUCGAGUGAACACCAGGUCCCAAGGAGAAUGGAGCAACUAUCUUUAUGCAUGGACUUUCAGUGACAGAAUCCCUCCUGCACCGUACAAUAUCAGGUUUUCUAACACCACAGACACAUCUUCAGUCAUCUCUUGGUCAACUCCUGAGGGUCAUUCUAUCUCCUCCAUCAUCAUCAGCUACAAAAUUUAUGGCAAGGCUGAGUACAACCACAUAGACAUUAUCAUAAAGAACACCAGCAUCACUCAAUACCAUCUCAAGGGCCUUGAACCAAACACGGUGUACCAGGUUCAGAUUAACGCUCAGAAUAACAUUGGCUUGAGCAAUCCAAACACAUCGUUUGAACUGAAGACGCUCCCAGAAACUAAAGCUCCAUAUGAAUCAAAAGGAGGAAAAAUGCUGCUUAUUGCUAUCCUUGGCUCUGCAGGGAUGACCUGUGUAACGAUUCUCCUGGCCUUCCUCAUCAUGCUGCAGUUAAAGCGAGCCAACUUCCAGCGCCGAAUGGCUCAGGCUUUCCAAAAUGUGGUGAGGGAAGAGCCAGCUGUACAGUUUAACUCAGGUACUCUCACCCUGAGCAGGAAAGCCAAAAACAGCCCAGAUCCCACUAUUUAUCCAGUUCUUGAGUGGAAUGACAUAAAAUUUCAAGAUGUGAUUGGGGAAGGUAACUUUGGGCAAGUUCUGAAAGCACGCAUUAAGAAAGAUGGCUUACGCAUGGAUGCUGCAAUUAAAAGGAUGAAAGAGUAUGCCUCAAAAGAUGACCACAGAGACUUUGCUGGAGAACUUGAAGUUUUAUGUAAACUUGGUCAUCAUCCCAACAUCAUAAAUCUUUUAGGAGCAUGUGAACAUCGAGGAUAUCUUUAUCUUGCUAUUGAAUACGCUCCCCAUGGAAAUUUACUGGACUUCCUUCGUAAAAGCAGAGUGCUAGAGACAGACCCAGCCUUUGCUAUUGCCAACAGCACUGCAUCUACACUUUCCUCUCAGCAACUUCUGCACUUUGCAGCAGAUGUUGCCAGAGGGAUGGACUACUUGAGCCAGAAACAGUUUAUUCAUCGCGAUCUGGCAGCAAGAAAUAUAUUGGUUGGAGAAAAUUAUGUUGCAAAAAUAGCUGACUUUGGUUUAUCAAGAGGUCAGGAAGUUUAUGUUAAGAAGACCAUGGGACGGCUUCCAGUGCGAUGGAUGGCAAUUGAAUCUUUGAAUUACAGUGUUUACACCACAAACAGUGAUGUAUGGUCAUAUGGUGUCUUACUAUGGGAAAUUGUUAGUCUGGGUGGAACACCAUAUUGUGGAAUGACUUGUGCAGAACUCUAUGAAAAACUGCCUCAAGGGUACAGACUGGAAAAGCCUCUCAACUGUGAUGAUGAAGUGUAUGACCUAAUGAGACAGUGCUGGAGAGAGAAACCAUACGAAAGACCAUCAUUUGCUCAGAUACUAGUGUCACUGAGCAGGAUGUUAGAAGAACGGAAGACUUAUGUGAAUACCACCCUAUACGAGAAGUUUACUUAUGCAGGCAUUGAUUGCUCUGCUGAAGAAGCUGCUUAAGACAGGAGAAAUCUUCAUUCACUGAUGAUGCAUUGAAGAAAACCAAAACUCGAUCUAACGGAGCUCAAAAUGUGAUGUGCUGUGUAGAACUGUGUAUAGCUCUAACUGUAUAUAAUACAGCAAUACUGUUUUACUAUGGAUAUGUAUGUUUAUAUCACACAGUAACCUCUGCCUUCACAGGCUGUAGAAGUGUACAUACUGUUCAGAGAAGGAAUAGACUGAAGUAAUGAAAUUUGAUGUUUCACAUGUAGGAUUUUCUUUUUUCUUAGUCAUGUAGAUAUAGUGUAUACAUACACACUGUAAGGCAUCAGAUAUUGCUAUCUUAGAUGUUUUUUAUAUUUUCCAAGAGCUACUGAUGUAAUGGGUAUCUUGUAGCAGCAUUUCAUAAACAUUUCAUUGUGAUUCAAACAAAAUUGCUGUGCUUAAUGUGACAAAAGGGGGCUGCAAGCAGAUGUCAAUCCAGUUUGCUCACCAAGGAUAACUAGUUAUUAACACUAUUUGAAUGGUAAGGUGAGUUAGUAGGAAUAAUCUUCUCAAAAAUUCUGUAGACACCUGUAAGACAUAAAGCAUGUCACUGCUUUGUCAUCAUCACCUGUACGUCAGUGUUUGCCCAUAUGCAAAAUAGGCAUAUAUUUUUGUGUUUAAUGUCAUUGGAGGCAGCCAUAUAGAAAUUACCAAGAAGCGUAAAAAUUAAGAACAAAGUACAUAUUGUAAAACACAUUUUUACAAUUAGCAUGGAAUUCGUGAAGCUUAUUAAAUUUGCAUUUCAUUUAAUAAUUUCACUGCAUACUUAUAAAGUACUACCUAUUCUAUACAAGCAGGGUUUACUUACUUCUCCUUAUUUUAUCCCUCAUGCAGUCUUUAGCCUGGUAUGGCCUCUUAAAACACUGUACUGAAAGGCUUCAAAACAAUGAUAUUUGGUCUGCCAGAAAGAUCCUCUAGUCCCUAGGUUAGACAAACAGAAGCAGGAUUGGCCUGAGCCUCUGGUUUAAAGUCAACCAUGUGGGAUCCUGUUAACUUACCCUAUCCAAACUUCAAGAUCAGUUAACCUUAUGCUUUGCACGUAUGUACUCCUCAUUCCCCACCGCAUGACUCACCACCUCAUAACUGACCAUCAGACUGGAGUGACUUUACAGCUGAGUGGAUGAAGUCACCCCUGCAAGACUUGGAGGAAGAUGCCAGUGAGAGAAAUAGAGGUUUUCACCUUCUGGUACUUAGUGUGUGCAUUGGUAUUUGGUUGGUUUCAAGGCAGAGAUACCACAGCAGAGUAUUAAGUAACAUUACUGACAUGCACCCAAUUGACUUAAAUAGUAGAAGCACCAAGAGCCUCAAUAAAAUCAUAGAAUCAUAGUCAUAGAAUCAUAGAAUGGAAUCAUAGAAUGGUAGGGGUUGGAAGGGACUUUAAGAAAUCAUCUAGUCCAACCCCCCUGCAGAAGCAGGUUCACCUCAAUCAGGUCGCUCACGAACAUGUCCAGGCAGGUCUUGAAGACCUCCAAGGAAGGAGACUCCACAAUCCAUCUGGGCAGCCUGUGCCAGGGCUCCCUCACCUCACAGUGAAAUAGUUUUUUCUUAUAUUUAAAUGGAACUUUUUGUGUUCCAGCUUCAUCCCAUUACCCCUUGUCCUGUUGCUAGCUACAACAGAAAAAAGGGAUGCCCCAACCCCCUGACACCCACCAUUUAGAUAUUUGUAAAUAUUAAUGAGAUCUUCCCCCCCCAUCAGUCUCUUCCAGACUAAACAGUCCCAGUUCCUGCAACCUUUCCUCAUAAGGAAGAUGCUUCGGUCCCCAGAUCAUCUUGGUGGUCUUGUGCUGGACUCUCUCCACAAGUUCUCCGUCCCUCUUGAGCUGGGGAGUACAGAACUGGACACAGGACUCCACAUGAGGCCUUGUAUUGUAACUUGAUUGCAACAUUUUUAAUUUGGCCUGUGAAAAGGAAUUACACUUGGAGCUGUCUUCAGUGAGAUAGUCAGUCACUCUGGCUUUUCAUUUUGUAAGAUUUAUUUUACUGCUUUUGACAGCUAUUUAUAAAUCCCAGUUUUGCUAUAGUUCACAUAGAUCUAAAGCCCUCUCAGUUUCUCCUAAGUGCGAUUUGUUCUAAUGAGCAGUAACAAUUAGAUCUUUUGCUUUCAGUACUGUACAGUUUUUAAAUGGUGACUAAUGCUCAGUCAAAAUAGGGUUCCAAACCAGUCAUAAAGUUACUUUUAUCUCUCAAUGUGAAACUCCCUGUUUGUGCUCUUCCAUUACUUCCAGAGAUGUCUUCAUUAACAUCCAUAAAUUUGGCUCUCGGAUCUGGAAAAUAUGAGAUACAGUAAUACUAUUAUCCAGGCAAUAACUUACAUUUAAGCACUAACUCACAAUUAAGCAGUGUUUUUAUUUCACUUUUUGUGAUCUUGUAUACAAACUCACAACACACACCGUUUAGGAUAGUUUCCUUACAAUUUGAUUUAUAGAAGUUCUUUUGCUUGUUAGCCCUUUGUUAGAAAAUGAAACACAGUUGGUGUUAUAUUUCUAAAUAUUCAGAAACAGAGACAAGUUGAUUUAGUUGGACGCAGAUGUAAAAAGUAUAUAUUGCUGUUUCAGUCAUGAAUCAUUAUGAAUAAAACCCAUGCAAUCUCAGAGGCCAAAUUUCGCACAUGAAUGCACAUUUCUCCUUCAGGCCAGUAGAAACUUAACUUCAUCCAUAUAUUUGUGAAUACGUUUCAUAUUAUCCCUCAGCUGCAAAGUAGUAGACAUCCCAAUGAAUGUCAUCAACAAAAUUACAGCCAUGUCUCUGCCAACUAACAAAAAAGAAACCCAAGCUUUCUUAGGCAUUGCGGGUUUUUCGAGGAUGCACAUUCCAAACUACAGUAUGAUUAUUAAGUCUUCUCUAUCAAGUCACUCAGAAGAGAAAUGAAGCCCUCAACAGCAACAAGGCUUUCAACAAAAGAAACUAACUAAGCUAAAUUAAACUAAAGCAUUCUUCAAGGUUUUGGUAUAGAUAUGUGUUUUCAAAUUCAAAAUACUAACUUGCAUUACUUUUUCUGUAGCUUGCUAAUGUGGCCUGAUGUAGGUUUCAUUGACUUGGGAUUUCUCUUUGCUUUUCUGCUACUAAGUUCUUGUCCCAAACACAAGGCUUGCUUGUCUAACCAUUUUCACUUUUUCUAUAAUUCUCAGAUGAACAUGUGACAAAGCCUCUUGAUUUCAAAUUUCUUUUCUAUUUAAUUUUUGUCCACCAAAUUUCAUUUCAUUUCACUAGUUUUUAUAAUCUCCUUACUAGGACUUUGUUCCACAUUAGUGCUUUUUUCUUCUUCAUAGAAUCAUAGAAUGAAAUCACAGAAUCACAGAAUCACAGAAUCAUAGAAUCACAGAAUCACAGAAUGGUAGGGGUUGGAAGGGACCUUUAGAGAUCAUCUAGUCUAACCUCCCUGCUGAAGCAGGGUCACCUAGAUCAAGUCGCUCACAAACAUUUCCAGGCGGGUCUUGAAGACCUCCAAGGAAGGAGACUCCACAACCUCUCUGGGCAGCCUGUUCUACUGCUCCCUCACCCUCACAGUGAAAUAGUUUUUUCUUAUAUUUAAAUGGAAUUUUUUGUGUUCCAGCUUCAUCUCAUUAUCCCUUUUCCUGAUGCUACCUACAAUAGAAAUAAAGGGAUGUCCCAACCUCCUGAUACCCGCCAUUUAGAUAUUUGUAAAUAUUAAUAAGAUUCAUCCUCCAUCUUCUACAGACGAAACAGCCCCAGUUCCUGCAGCCUUUCCUUGUAUGAAAGAUGUUCCAGUCCCCUGAUCAUCUUAGUGGUCCUGUGCUGGACUCUCUCCAGCAUUUCCCUGUCCCUCUUGAGCUGAGGAGCCCAGAACUGGACACAGGACCCCAGAUGAGGCCUCACCAGGGCAGAGGAGAGGGGGAGCAGAAUCUCCCUUGACCUGCUGGCCACACUCUCUUUGAUGCAUCACAGGAUGCCAUUGGCCUUCUUGGCCACGAGAGCACAUUGCUGCCUCAUGGUUAGUUUAUUAUCAACCAGGACUCCCAGGUCUGUCUCUGCAGAGCUGCUCUCCAGCAGGUCAAUUCCCAGAGUGUCCUGGUGCAUGGAGUUGUUCCUGCACAGGUGCAGGACUCUGCACUUGUCCUUGUUGAACCUCAUGAAGUUCCUCUCUGCCCAACUCUCAAGCCGGUCGAGAUCCUGCUGAAUGGCAGCACAGCCUUCUAGGGAAUCAGCCAGUCCUCCCAGUUUGGUGGCAUCAGCCAACUUGCUGAGGGUACCCUCAGUCCCCUCAUCCAGGUCGUUGAUGAAGAUGUUCAACAAAACUGGCCCCAGAACUGAUCCCUGUGGAACUCCACUGGCCACAGGCCUCCAACUUGAUUCUGUGUCAUUGAUCACCACCCUUUGGGCUCUGUCAUUCAGCCAGCUCUCGAUCAUCAUCAUCAUCAUCACUACCAUCUUCUUCCUUCUCCUCCUCUAAGUAAUAUCCAAGUAGUGUGUGAUUUGGAGUAAUCCAGGAGUUGUAAAUAGUUGAUAUCUUCUUAGUCAAACAAAUGUGGGUUUUUUUGAUAAAAACACCGACCUCUACUUGCUGCUGACUUGUCAGACUACAAAAUAUGUUUGCUGCAACAAGUGACUAA